GCGAGCACCCAAUGCUACUCAUUACCAAAACGUACACCUACCAGUUUGCUCAAGUUUGCUCCAAACACGUGGAUUAACGGUUAUAGUGCUCACUCAGUGUGCUGAACGUUAAGGAUGUUAACCUGUGCCAAAAUGGAUAAUAACAAUCUAUCGCCGAACCUGCUUGGGAUUAGUAGCGGCGGAACCGGAAACAACAACAACAGCAGCGAGAACAUUUACAUAGACAUUCCGACGCCGUCGACGACUCGAAGUGUAUCUCCGCUGUCGUCGGCAUCACCCGGAAAGGACAAAACUUUCGGAUUCUUCCAGACCAUCUACCGCAAGAUCAGUUUGAAGUCGAGUGACGAGCUGACUUCGGCUUCAUCCGGCGGAGAACGCAUGGACUCGCGUAGUUCCUCGGUGGAUUCAUGUUCCUCGCUAAGUGACCGACUUCAGAUUGCCCCCAAGAGGCGCUCCAGUCCGUGUGUCAAGUCUUCGGCCGAGCAGAUCUUGUCGCUCGAGUUGUCCAGUGCUUCCAGUGACGAUUCUUCGCGCGGAGAUGUCAAGUCCCAACGUGAAUCGCGACGGUCGUCGGUUCGAAAACUUCUGGACAAUCUGUCCAUCACGACUCCUGCAGCAACUGGCGGCAGCAGUGGAACCAACCGGUCCCGGUCACUAUCCUGCAGCAGCACCUCGGUCAACUUGCUGAACCACAAGAUCCUGAAGCAGAAGGCCGAGUCCAAGAUGUCGCUGUUCAGCACAAACAGUGCGUCGGCAACGGCCACCGCCGGAAGCGGUUCAUCCACCAAACCUCCGCCAAAGAAGAUUCUCCGUCGGCCAGUGUCGUACACGUACCUACGGGGCAUCUCCGGACUACCAACGCAGCGCGUGCCCAGAACUUCGACGAGCUGCAGCUACUACGGACGCUAGGCGCGGAACAUCUCCGGAUCCUCAGCAAACCAUAUCAAAAAACGUGCGAAGAAACCCUAGAACUUAGCGACUGAUUUGCGAUUGCGAUUGAUUGUGCGAGUAAGUUACGUGUGAUCUUGAGCAUGGAAACCAACGAUUGGCAUUCGGUACCUUUGGCGCGAGACAUCCUUUGGACGAUAGCAUAAAACCUGUGUUGAGUAGUUUGUAAUUGCAAGCAAGUGCAAGUGCAAAGACGAUGAUUAUGAAAAAAGUGCAAUUAUUCUCAAAUGCCCCCCAGUUGGGGCAGAACAAUUUGACCAAAAACCAUAUGAUUGAGCGAGCCGGCGGUGGUUUAAGCGAACCCAAACCCCGCCGGACCGACCCUUAUUUCGCAAGACUCGAGAACAAGAAAACCUUAAGUGAUCUAAAACAAAAAAUGCUUAAACGCUCCUAAACUAAACAGUAAAAUUAUUGGUAACCAAUUGGACCCGGGCAUGUACAGUUGAUACAGGAAAAGAGCGGCAAGUUAUGAUUUGAAGCCUGAUUUUGGACCGUAACGAAAUGCUGAGCAACACCAAACAUUCUAAAAAAUAAUAUUUAAAGUUCUGAGUUUUAACGGAAUUGUUGUUUGAAGUAUUUCUGCAGCACAUUUGUUACUUUAUUCCUAAACUAGCGGUCUUCGGUUAGCGAGAAGGCUUUCUGCUUUGUUUGCGUUAUUACAUUUAUCAGUA